GACAGAAUUGGCUGAACCUCUGAGAUAAACUGAUAAAACUUAUCUUCUCAACUCAACAGUUCAAAAAUAAAUUCUUCCAAAUGAUCCAAGAUUUUCUUUGCUUCCAAAAUUCAAUCUUUAUACACACAAACACACACAGCUAACAAAUUACAGGUAGAGAAAGAGAAUGCUAAUCCAGUGUACCUUUUCACCUCCUUCGCAACAUUCUUACAGCACCACUAUUUUUAUCCCAAAUCUAAAACCGAGAAACAGGUUUCAUCCAAUUUCUGGUGAAUUUUCAGUUUUUCAUAGUAAUGGGACAGCUCUAUGUUACUUUUCAAGAAAACCCACAAAGCGCAAAUUCAGGCCGCUUAAACUCUCUCUGCAGACAUUCGAAAAGGAAAUGGAAAUGUCAUCUUCCUUGACCUCGGACAAACUUGAAGAAUUCUCAAGGAAGCUUUCAGUUGAUGAAGAUAGAACAAGGGUUAAAAGGCCUUUUACUUUUGUAUCUUCUUUCUCAUGUUGUUCAUGGUUGAUACCGGCACAAAUGGUACAAGCAAGUGAAGAUGUAAGAACAAACGUUGUCUACGAGGUAGGGGAGUUAUUUGAAUUGGGAAUCCAGCUUUCAUACCUGCUUUUACUACUUGCGUUGCUUGGGGUCGGAACAUUCUUUGUAAUCCGUCAAGUCCUUAUGCGCAGAGAGCUCGAUCUUUCUGCGAAAGAAUUACAAGAGCAAGUGAGAAGUGGUGAUGCUAGUGCGACGGAGUUGUUUGAACUUGGAGCAGUAAUGUUGAGAAGAAAGUUCUAUCCAGCUGCUACCAAAUAUCUGCUUCAGGCAAUUGAUAAAUGGGAUGGAGAUGAUCAAGAUCUUGCUCAAGUUUAUAAUGCUCUUGGUGUCAGUUACAUUCGUGAUGGAAAAGUUGACAAGGGUAUAGCUCAGUUCGAGAAUGCUGUCAAACUUCAACCUGGCUAUGUCACUGCCUGGAACAACCUCGGUGAUGCUUACGAGAAGACCAAAGACUUAAAGUCGGCCCUUAAGGCAUUUGAAGAAGUUCUGCUUUUCGAUCCCAACAACAAGGUGGCACGUCCUCGGAGAGAUUCAUUGAAGGAGAAGGUAAAGAUGUAUAAAGGAGUCCCUGUAAAAUCAAAGAAGAAAUGAUUUUGUAAAAGGGUUAUCUGAAGAUUUUAGGCAUUGAUCUUGAAAUCUUUCUUUAUCUUAAAUUUGUGUUUUUGGUAGUUGCUUUAGUUGGAAAUUUAAUCGGCAAUUUGAUCAAUGUUAAUAUUCAGGGAUUUUGGUUUUUCAUCGUUCAAUGAAAAUUUCACGAGUUCGUCGAUA